CCUUUGAUGUCGGGACUCCUCGCCUUGUCUGGAGCUCAAAUGAGCUGUUUGCUGUUGUAGUGAAACAUUAGUCUCCUACCGACCAGCCAGCCGGGGGACGCCACAUUUCAACUUUUUCCCCUUUUUCUUUCUGUAAAUGGUGCGGGGUUUCUCUCUACUUUUGGAGAGUGAGUGGGUUUUUUUAAACUGAGAAGAACCCGCUUCUCUUAUUUGUACUUUUUUAUAAAACAUUUUCUUAAUACAAAAAAAAAGAAGGAAAAAAAAGCAGUAAAGUUGCAUCGCAGAGAGGAGGGAGUCGUAGACAUGCCUCAGCUCAGCAGCGGCGGAGGGGACGACCUGGGAGCCAAUGAUGAGAUGAUAGCGUUCAAAGACGAGGGGGAGCAGGAGGAGAAGAUCCAGGAGAACGCGUUCACGGAGAGAGACCUGGCCGACCUGAAGUCCUCCCUGGUGAACGAGUCGGAAAUAAAUCAGAGCCCGAGCGCGGCGGCGGUCAGACGGGGACACACGGGCGAGCAGAGGGUCUUCCAGGACAAACACCGGGAUCAUCUGGACGCAGUGUCGAAGCAUCAAGAUGGAGGCAUGUACAAGUCGCCGGGUUAUCCGGGGUACCCGUUCCUGAUGCUGCCGGACCCCUAUCUCCCCAACAGCUCGGUUUCUCCAUCUUCCAACAAAGUCUCGGUGGUGCAGCAGUCUCAUGGGAUGCACCCGCUGACGUCCCUGCUGCCCUACAGCAACGACCACUUCAGCCCCAGCCCUCCACACCUGCCCACAGACAUGAGCCAGAAGACGGGCGUUCACAGGCACCAGUCCCAGGAUCUCUCAGGGUAUUAUUCCCUCUCUCCAGGCGGUGUCAGCCAAAUCACUCCCUCCAUGAGCUGGCAGAGCCAGCCGGUCUACCCCGGCCUGUCCCCCUGUGGAUUCAGGCAGACCUACUCCUCCAAUCUCACCAGCGCCUCAUCCUACUCCAGGUUUCCUCACUCCCUGAUGCUCGGACCUUCAGGCAUGCAUCCUACGGGGAUCCCCCACCCCGCCAUCGUGCCCCCGUCUGGCAAACAGGAGCAUGAACAUUAUGACAGGAAUAUGUACGUGAAGCCACAGAUGGAAACCAAGCGGGAGAAGGAGCCCAAGAAACCGGUUAUCAAGAAACCCCUGAACGCCUUCAUGCUCUACAUGAAGGAAAUGAGGGCAAAGGUUAUCGCCGAGUGCACGUUAAAGGAAAGCGCCGCCAUCAAUCAGAUUCUUGGACGACGGUGGCACGCGCUGACCCGGGAGGAGCAGGCCAAGUACUACGAGCUGGCCCGGAAGGAAAGACAACUGCACAUGCAGCUCUACCCGACCUGGUCUGCUAGAGACAACUACGAGGCGGGCCUUAGCGGGGUCGCAGGGGAAAAGAGUAAAGCUGAUUGGGGCAAGAAGAAGCGAAGAAAAAGGGAGAAGCAGCAGGACUCCAACACAGACCCGGGCUCUCCUAAGAAAUGCCGGGCUCGCUUCGGCCUCAACCAACAAACGGACUGGUGCGGUCCUUGCAGAUAACUCUCUCUGACUGUUCCUAGGAGGAAAAAGAAGUGCAUUCGCUACCUUCAAGGAGGAGGCUGCCCCAGCCCAUCUUCUUCAGAUCUAAGCGCUAUAGACUCUCCCCCGUCCCCUUCUCCUUCCCGCCAGCGCCUCUACCAGCGCCCCCCGUCCCCGGGCUACUCCCCGACGCCACCUUCCCCCUCAUCGCGCCUCCCCUUGUCUCCGCAAACGCGCUCGCACACACGCUUCCCCCCGGAGCGCGGCGACCUCCGUCAGCCCGCCGCCAAACACACCCAAACGCACCUGGAACUGUCCAGCAGGCAGACGUGCUGCUCCAGGGUGCUGUCGGCCGCCAAGGUGGCAGGACUCUCUCUCAAAGUGUUAACAGAGACUCAGUGAUCGCUGGUGCGCUCUCACCCCCGACAAAAACACCCCCCCAACACCCGCCAGGGUCACCGAGACUCUGCUCAUCACCUGCUUUCAAGUGUUCAGUGUUGCUGUCCAGUUUCUUUCAAUAUGUUCUGUUUUCCAAAGUUGAAAAUAAAACUUUUGCAAAUAAAUCAACCACAGUCCUAAGAGGAGACACAGAUAAGUUAGCUGAUCAAGUCCAAAAUCAUAAAAAUCUUUGAUUGGUGCAAGGACCAACAUCUGAGCCUGGCCUGCAGGCCUCCAGGACCUGCCACUUUCAGAAAGAUGGAUCGUUUUUCAGCUUUCAGAUCACACACACACGGAUGUUUAAAAGCUACCAGAGGUUCUGAAGGUCUGCUUACCAGUUUUCCUCGUGUGGGUGGGGUUUUUUUUUGUUUUUUUUAAUUGCUAAUAUUUUUAACGAUUCAGCCAUUUUCAGUUUUUCGUUCUUAGGACCUAUCUCCAACUCCACAGACUUAUCUGAGACCAAAUGGGUAAUAUUAUAUUGCAUUGUGUUGUAAAGUUUUAUAUUAUAAUUAAACUUUUGUAUGUUUUUAUGGAAAAUGUUAAACAAGUAAAAAAAUAUAUAUAUUCUUUUAGUCGCAAUUUCUUAAAGCAAUACUCCUCGUCCUUUUUGUGCAGAAUUUUACAUUUUUUCUUUGGGUCAAGUGUUAUUUGCAGCAGCAUUCAAACUAUAUAUUGUGUUCUGUCUCUGCAUGUUUUGACUUUACCGUUUUUGAGAAAAAUAAAAAAAGGAAAUGAAAAAAAUAAAGCUUUAAUUUACUGCUCUGCUCCCAGCUUCAAACUCGGCUCAGGACUGUGGACUGUACCGGCUGAGGUUUUGUACCGUUUUCCUCCAGUAGAGGCGGCUGUUGUGUUAGAAAUAGCUUUUAUUUUUAUUGGAGGAUGUUCAGGUCAAGACGACUCAAACUUGUUUUGAUGCCUUCAUCUCGUGUAUUACUCGUGUUUUUGAUUCAUGUAAUAAAGUGUUUUCAAUA